AUUAAAGCCGCGCGGCYGGGCCCAGCGGAGCCCAGAGCUCCCCCCACCUGGGCCAGCGAACCUGGCCAUUCAGCCACCCGCUGUCGCUGCCGCGCGCCCUUGCGCCUCUGCCUGAGAAGCCAGGCGCUGCCUCUCCAUCCCAGACGAAGAUGGCAAAAGUGGCGAAGAACCUCAGCCCACGCUUGCAAAAGAUGUCCCUGGGCCAGCAGCAGGCGGCACGAAGCGUGACUUGUCUGAGAUGUAAGGGGAUGUGUUCAGGCUUCGAGCCACAUUCAUGGAGGAAAAUAUGCAAGUCGUGCAAAUGCAGUCAGGAGGACCACUGCCUAAGCUCCGACCUAGAAGAUGACCGGAAAAUUGGCCGCCUGCUGAUGGACUCCAAGUACUCCACCCUCACCGCCCGGGUGAAAGGCGGGGAUGGCAUCCGGAUUUACAAGAGGAACCGGAUGAUCAUGACCAACCCCAUUGCCACCGGGAAAGAUCCCACUUUUGAUACCAUCACCUAUGAGUGGGCUCCCCCUGGAGUCACCCAGAAACUGGGCCUACAGUACAUGGAACUCAUCCCCAAGGAGAAGCAGCCGGUGACAGGCACCGAGGGUGCCUACUACCGCCGCCGCCAGCUCAUGCACCAGCUCCCCAUCUAYGACCAGGACCCCUCUCGCUGCCGUGGACUCUUGGAGAAUGAGCUGAAAGUGAUGGAAGAAUUUGUCAAGCAGUAUAAGAGCGAGGCCCUGGGUGUGGGAGAAGUGGCCCUCCCGGGCCAGGGCGGCUUGCCCAAGGAGGAGGGGAAGCAACAGGAGAAGCCAGAGGGCACAGAGGCCGCGCCCACCACCAACGGCAGCCUGGGCGACCCGUCCAAGGAGGUGGAAUACUUCUGUGAGCUCUGCAAGGAAGCAGCCCCGGCCGACAGCCCCGUGGUCUACUCAGACAGGGCAGGCUACAGCAAGCAGUGGCACCCAGCCUGCUUCGUGUGUGUCAAGUGCUCCGAGCCGCUGGUGGACCUCAUCUACUUCUGGAAGGACGGGGCACCCUGGUGUGGCCGUCACUACUGCGAGAGCCUGCGGCCCCGGUGCUCUGGCUGCGAUGAGAUCAUCUUCUCAGAGGACUACCAGCGCGUGGAGGAUCUGGCCUGGCACCGGAAGCACUUUGUCUGUGAGGGCUGUGAGCAGCUGCUGAGUGGCCGGGCCUACAUUGUCACCAAGGGCCAGCUCCUGUGCCCCACUUGCAGCAAGUCCAAACGCUCCUGAGGAGCAGCCCKCCCACAGCCAGAAACCACCAGGUCCCUCUGAGAAGCCGAGGCCAUCCUCAGGAGCCGAUGGGACAGCCAGGAAGAAACAUAAACAGUGAUUUCUUUUUUUUUCCAGUGGGAAUAUAYGAAUAUUCUAGAUUGAGUGGUGAUGGAUCCUUGAGGGUCAGUAGUUGCAAAAYCAGAAAUAUUCUAAGAACUCUUAGAAUGGUUUGUUUUUGUGGUGGUGGUGGUUUCCCAGCUACAGCCUCCUAAAGACAUAGAUGGUACCCGGAGAGGGAGUCUAGGGGGAAUUUCCCAGAAUGCAGUUCUCUCCCUAGUGAGCCCGUCACGUAGCUGUAGGAUGUGAGCUGUGUUUUGGACAUGGGAGCUCCCCUGGGAACAGGCUGUGAUCCCAACUGUCACUUGUUGUCUCUUUCUUUCAAGUGGAAUUUGGAUUUUUAAAUAAACAACUAUUUUUGGCAUGAAAAA